AUGUUUAUCGCCGCGAUUUACAUCUUUUUACCUCUGCUGGAUGUGCUGUUAUCUGCCGAGGAGUCUUACUUUUCUAGCUCUAACCGGCUGGACUGUGUGAAGGCGAACGAGCUGUGUUUGAAGGAGCCGGGAUGCAGCUCAAAGUAUCGAACUAUGAGGCAGUGCGUGGCGGGGAGGGAGUCCAACUUCAGUAUGGUGACUGGAAUGGAGGCAAAGGAUGAAUGUCGACUUGUCUUGGACGCUUUAAAGCAGAGUCCUUUGUAUAACUGCCGCUGCAAAAGAGGGAUGAAGAAGGAAAAGAACUGCCUGCGCAUCUACUGGGGGAUCUAUCAGCAUUUACAGGGGAAUGAUUUACUUGAGGAUUCUCCGUAUGAGCCUGUGAACAGUCGGCUUUCAGAUAUAUUUCGACUGGCUCCCAUCUAUUCAGGUGAGCCAGCGCUUGCAAAGGAGAACAACUGUCUGAAUGCAGCAAAGGCCUGCAACCUGAAUGACACCUGUAAGAAAUACCGCUCUGCGUACAUCAGCCCAUGCACGAGCAGAGUCUCAACAGCUGAAGUCUGCAACAAGCGGAAGUGCCACAAAGCCCUGCGGCAGUUCUUUGACAAGGUGCCACCCAAACACAGCUAUGGCAUGCUGUACUGCUCCUGUCCUCUAGGGGACCAGUCAGCCUGUUCUGAGCGCAGGCGCCAAACCAUCGUGCCAGCUUGUUCAUAUGAGGACAAGGAGAGACCCAACUGCUUGACACUGCAAGCUUCAUGCAAGACCAACUACAUCUGCAGGUCUCGUCUGGCAGAUUUCUUCACUAACUGUCAGCCUGAGCCCCUCUCUCUGUCAGGUUGUUUGAAGGAGAAUUACGCUGACUGCCUGCUGUCAUACUCUGGGCUCAUCGGUAACGCAAUCCAGGCGUUUGGAAAUGGGACAGAUGUGAGCGUCUGGCAUCCAAUGCCCCCAGUACAAACCACCACCUCUAUGACAACACCAUCCCAAAGGGCCAGAGAUAAAGAUAGAUCACCCAAUGCCAUAGAGCCGGCCACACACAUCAACCAUCUCAACCCGGCUGAUAACUCCCUCUACCAGUUCUGUGGUAACAUACAGGCUCAGAAGAAGAAGACAAACAACACAAUAGAUGUGUUAUGUGUGGAUCCACAGAUUGAUGACCCCAGCUCCUCCAAUACCAUCUCCAAAAACUCAUCCCCUCGGCAGAUGACUCUAUCAGGCCUUAGCUCUCAGCUGCUCCUACUGGCUACCUCCUUACAUUGCAUCUUCACCCCAGUGAUGUUGUAG